UCGUAAUUUGAAAACAGCCAAUUUUUUCCCCAUUGCCGAUCAAAAACAGGAAACCAAGGAACGCGCGGUUCGUCUCGAUCCCGUCCUCUCAUGGCUGUUGCAGGGACCUCGUUUGAUUUCGAUUUCGAGCUCUUCCUUUGAACGAUCCAAUCUCUCAUUAUCUCCGUGAUUUCUGGGAGAGAUUCUGUAUAACUGCUGGGAAAACUUUUUCAAUUUUUUUUGGUUCUUCGCCGUGAUUUUGAUUCGAAGGUGCAGCUUCUAAAUAAGUCGACAGCUGAGAAUUUAGCAUAUAUGUGCUGCAACUCUGCAAGCUUGUCAUGUGCCACUGCGUGUAUAUUUUUUAUCAAUAAAACAGUGGACUUGCCAAAGCUAAGGGAAUGUCAGCACCUGGGAAGUUUGAUUAUUCUUCUGGUGGACCAGAUAGGCCUUUAUACAGGUCUAACUUAGCUUCACAGAUGGAAAGAUCUAGUAGCUUUCGUGAGACAAUGGAUCAUCCUGUCUCAUCUUCUCACGCGAGCAUGUUGAGGACCACUUCACCAUUAGCACAAACCGAUGUUACAAAUUUCUUUCAGUGUUUGCGUUUUGAUCCUAAGGUGGUUGCCGCGGACCACAAGUCUAUUCGUCAAGGUGACUUUAAGCGUCAUGUGAAUAUUGCUCUUGGAAUUCAAGGGGAUGAAUCUCCAAGCACAACGCCAAAAGGGAAGUUAACUCCAUCCCCUAUACCAGAAGAGAUCAAGAGACUAAAGGCUGGUCUACGCGAAAACAAUGUGAAGGCCAGGGAACGUGUGAAAAUUUUCAACGAAGCAUCGUCUGUAUUUAACAAGUUUUUUCCUACUGUACCUACAAAGAAAAGGUCUCGGCAAGAAGGGUUUUCCAAUGACCGCUUAUCUUCAGGGGCAAGUUUAGUUAAAAUGGGAAAUCAAGGUCAGACUCUGCCUGGUUGUUUUGAGCUUGACCAGCAAAAGGUGGACGAACGACCUAAAAGUGGUGCAUUAAAUAAGCGGACGCGUACUUCCAUGAUGGAUGUGCGAAGUAAUGCUAUUGUUCGGCAAUCAGCUCUAGAUAGGGAUAAAGACUCAAUAAGACCUUCAAAUCAUACUACAGUGCAGGGCGAAGAUCGAUCUUCUAUUGGUAUUGAUGGUUGGGAAAAGUCGAAAAUGAAGAAAAAACGAUCUGGCAUAAAAGCAGAUGGUCCUUCUAGUUUGGCCUCAAACAAAGCUGUUGAUGGUUAUAGGGAGUUGAAGCAGGGCAUACCGAAAUCAGCUGGUGAUUCCAGGUUGAGAUUGAAUGGUGACUCGAACAUGUCAAGGCAUGGGGCGGUGAACGGUGCUGUUCCAUAUGGAAGAUCUGAUAGCUUCUCUCAGCAGACAGGUUCGGCAGGGCGUUCCUUGCUCUCCAGGGAUUCUGAUCACAAUUCGUCGUACAAUGAGAAGCGAGAACGUGCUAUUGGCUCAGAUAAGGAAAGGGUGAAUCACAGGGCUAUCAACAAGUCAAAUAUUCAGGAUGAAUCGAAUUCUCCAAGCCCAACUUCAAACCCAAAAAUAAGUGUUUCAUUUCGUGGUCCGAGAUCAGGAUCAGGGCUGCCGCCGAAACUUUCUCCAGUUGUCCACAACACUCCUUCUCCAAGUGAUUGGGAUAUUUCUGGCUGUACAAACAAACCUCCAUUGUUGUCUGGGGUUCCCAGUCGCAAGCGUAUGACUUCAAAUCGGUCUUCAUCACCACCUGUCACUCAAUGGGCCAGUCAAAGACCACAAAAGAUAUCUCGUUCCGCAAGGAGAACGAACUUGAUCCCCAUUGUUUCAAGCAAUGACGACGUUCCUUCACCAGAUAACGUCUCAGAUGUUGGGUUUCAUAGACGCUCGCCAGCAGCUUCUCCGCAAAUGAAAUUUAAAGCUGAAAAUAGCUUGUCUACAACAGCUUUAUCAGGAAGUGAAGAAUCUGGCCCCCAUGAGAUCAAAUCUAAAGACAAGGGAAAGCAAUCUGAUGAGAUCGAUGGGAAAGCUGCUCUGAAUGUUCCUAAACUCUCCAUCACUGGUUUACAGUCCAGAAAAAACAAGCUUGGGGAUGGUGUAAGGAGACAAGGAAGGACAGGCCGGGGUUUUGGUUCAACAAGGGCUGUCAACCCAAUGGGAGUUAUGAGACAUGGAACAGCAAAACAACUUCGCAGUGCAAGAAAUGGUUCUGACACGAAUGAAAGUAGGGUAGGUCGUCCACCCACUAGGAAACUCUCUGACCGCAAAGCUUACAAACGUCAGAGAAGUACAUCAUCAAAUGCUGCUCCAAUAGAUUUUCUUGUUGGCUCAGAUGAUGGGCAUGAAGAGCUACUCGCUGCUGUUAACUCGGCUAUAAACUUUGCUCAGAAUUUUCCUAGCUCUUUCUGGAAGCAAAUGGAGCGAUACUUUUGCUUUAUAUCUGAUGCACAUAUCAAUUUCGUGAAACAGCUGGGUGACUUCUCCUCCAUGGGUACUACACCAGUCGGGUCAGCUUCAGAGUUCGAUGGUCGUGACAUAUAUCCCGAGGACUUCACAACCAGCAGAGAGGAUUCUAAAGCUGCGCCCCUUUAUCAGAGAUUGCUAUCAGCUCUGAUUUCGGAGGACUCAAUCAGUGUAAACGAAGAUUUACAAUUUGGAGCGGAGGAUGAGUCAGAACUCAAUGUUUUGAACCAUAUGGUGGAGUCCAAUGGUUAUAGGAGUGAUAGACUGGAAUUUGAUGAGCUAGAAGAUGAUGUGCCUGGUAUGAUGCUCAAGGGUGUUAAUAGCUCAGCUCACAAUGUCAAUGGAAGAUUUUCAGAUCAUUUAUCCAGAGACUUCUCAGACAUUCCAUAUGAAAAUUUGGGGAUAGAUGAGAAGAUUUAUAUGGAAGCUCAGUCUAUUGGAAUUUGCUUGGAACCCAUGGCUAAUAUAUCAAACGUGGAGGAUGAAGGAAUUGUUGACGAGAUCAAAACGCUAGAGGAGGCCAUCUACGAGGGUUCUAAGAAGAAAGAGAUGUUGAAUCGGCUACUAAAGCCUGCCCUAGAAAUGAAAGACCUUCAGGAGAAGGAGUUUGAUAGGCUCGGUUACGAAAAACUCGUCGAAAUGGCAUAUGAAAAGAGCAAGGCAAGUCGGCGUCAUCAUUCCGCAAGUGGAAAGAGUUCGGCUAACAAGAUAUCAAAGCAAGCCGCAUUUGCUUUCGUGAGAAGGACGCUUGCAAGAUGUCGUGAAUUCGAAGAGACAGGCAAAAGCUGCUUUAGUGAGUCAACCUUUAAGAAUAUCCUCGUUGCUGGGUUGACACAAAUUGAAGACAACCCCAUGGACAAGGAGCCGAUGGGAUCACAACAACCGAGCUCAUCCUUGGCAUUGCGAAUGACGCAGGAUACGGAGACUUAUGCCAAUUCUUCUGAAAAUGCUUUACGGGAAGGGAGAGAUGAGGCAAUGUGGUCAAACAAAAUGAAGGAGAGAGAGCUGCCACUAAAUGAUGUGGGUGGGGGACCACUUUCAAGCAGUACAAAAGGAAAGAGAAGUGACAGGGACAGAGAUGGAAAAGGACAUGCUUCUUCAUCAAGAGGUGGAGGAACAAACAAGAUUGGUCGCCCUGCACUGUCCAAUAAUGCCAAGGGUGAACGGAAAACAAAAACAAAACCAAGGCAGAAAACAACUCCCAUGUUUUCUUCUCCUUCUUCUGUCAAUAUCAUGGAGCAAAACAGAACAUCACAGUCCAAACCAGCUAAUAGCAACAACAGCGAGUUUAGUAACUUGGAGACACUGGACGAGUCAGAGCCUCUCGACCUAUCUGGCCUGCAGAUACCAGACGGUUUAGGUGGUCCAGAUGAUUUCGAUGCGCAAGCAGGAGACCUAAGCUCAUGGUUAAACAUCGAUGAUGAUGCAUUACAAGAUAAUGAUAUAGAUCUCCUUGGACUUCAAAUACCCAUGGAUGACCUUUCAGACUUAAACAUGAUGGUAUAAGCUUCCCCUCUCCAUCAUUAUUUAUGUACAGUCCCGUCUGUUUUGUACCAUUAUUAGCGACCAAGAAAGACUAAGGAAAAGGAAAAAAACAAGUUUUGGUCACCCAGAAUCGGUUAUUCGAGUUGGCUCCCAACAAACCAGCCGUAUAGCUUCAUCAUCGUCGUCGUCGUCAUGUGUAGGGGUUACCUCUUUCUCUCUUUUCUUAUAGUUCUUGAUUACUAGGGUGGUGAAACUGUUUUUGUUUAUUGGUGGUGAAUUUGGCUCCGGCUGUUAAGAUAGGUCGGUAGUUAACUUACAACGUCAGGAAAGAAAGACUGAUAGUAAUGUUGUGUAGUGAUAUAUAGAUAAGUCUCAGGUUUUCUUCUUCUUCUUCUUCUUCUUCUUUUCUUUGAACUCUCUGGGAUUUUGUAGCUUUCAUAAACUCAGAACCAUUAUUGUUGCCCUCUGUACAUACAUUUCAUGUUCAAUAAAAUUCAGCUUCUAAUAA